CCGCAGCGGCGUGUGUCGGCGGCAGAUGUGGAGAGCUGCUGUGCGCGGUGCGGUGCGCGCUCCCGUCCUCACAUGACAGCGCAGUGAUAGCCAGGCGGAGGAAGACGACUCUCAUGCUCCUGCUGUGAUUUGCUUCCAGAAAGGGAUUUAAUUGUUUUACCUGUGUGGAUCAAUAAUGCCGGCUGACAGCAUGGAAAAGCAGACGGCUUCUCCGAUGGCCGGAGCGCCUGCGAACGGAUCACACACGCCGGAUAAACCCAAGAACGCCAGCGAGCAUCGAAAAUCUUCCAAACCCAUCAUGGAAAAACGCCGGAGAGCGAGAAUCAACGAAAGUCUGGGACAGCUGAAGACUCUCAUCUUAGACGCACUUAAGAAAGAUAGCUCCAGACACUCCAAACUGGAAAAGGCAGACAUCCUGGAGAUGACGGUGAAGCACCUGAGGAACCUGCAGCGCGUGCAGAUGAGCGCAGCGCUCUCGGCGGACGCUUCGGUCCUGAGUAAAUACAGAGCCGGAUUCAACGAGUGCAUGAACGAGGUCACCCGCUUCCUGUCCACCUCUGAGGGGGUCAACACGGAAGUGAGGUCGAGGCUCCUCAACCACCUGUCCAGCUGCAUGAGUCAGAUGAUGUCCAUGAACUACCCCCAGCAGACUCCGUCCCAGCAGGCGCACCUGGCGCAGCCGCUCCACGUGCAGCUCCCGUCCUCCCUGCCCAUCAGCGGUGCGGCCAUGACCUCCAAGCUCAGCCCCGCCGAGGCCGUGUCCCCCAAAGUCUUCGGCGGCUUCCAGCUCGUCCCUGCACCCGACGGACAGUUCGCCUUUUUGAUCCCUAACCCAGCCUUCGGCUCCGCCACGGCACCGGUCAUCCCGCUUUACGCGAACGCGGGGGUGCCCGUCGCGGUCAACGCCAGCCCGGUGCACGGCAGCUCGGCCCCCACCGCCUCGUCUCCGGUCCACGGCAUGACCUCCUUCUCCGGGGGGUCACAGGCGGUCAGCCCGGUGGGGGUCAGCACGGGCUCAGAGAGCAGCGAGCCGGUGUGGCGGCCCUGGUAGCUGAGAGACACUCAAGGGAAUCUGUGCGUAACGUUUCCACAUCGGACUGAUGCGCACAGCUGUUGCGGGGGAAGAACUCGUCCAGCGGGAUACCCCCGCACUUCUGCAUGUUUCGUUUUAUGGAACAGAGAGUUUCGCCUUUUAUUGCUGCCGACUCCAACAUUUGGGUGUCGGUGGUGAAGAUGUAGAUUGAAGAUCAACAGGAAACUUUUCUUAUGAAGUACUUUUAUGAAAAGGUUUAGUUUUGUACAGAGGUGGAACUGACUGUUAAACCAAAGCUGUGUUUUAUAUUCUGUAUUGUUUUGCGUUGAAAAGAAAGUUUGGGGGAAAAUCCCGUUCUUUGAAUAAUAAAAUACAUUAAAAAUCC